UAUGCAUGCAGUAACUAAUUGAAAUAUCCAACUUUUCACCAUUUCAAAUUUACUUUUCACCCACCCCUUCGUACCUCCAAAUAAAGUACAGCGUUGAAUGUCAGACACACCAAUUCAGAGAGAGUGUGUGUUUCCUCAAGCUGUUCUCCACUCUCCGGCACCCCAGCAAGUGAAAAUGGCUGUCUUGCUCUCUCUCUUCUUCUCCCUCCUCUGUUUCACUUUCACCGCUAACUCUCAAGAGCCCCCCUCCGCCGCCGUCCACGUGGAACUCCCCCACCUCAAGAACGUCUCAGCCAGCGUCCUCGCCGCAGAAAACUGGCUGCGAACCUACGUUCUUCCCCACUACCCCUCCACCAACAUCACCACCAUCGUCGUCGGCCGCAACGUGCUAUGCCGCAGAGACCAGCACCACAACUUCGGUUUGCUCCUUCCAGCUGUCAAGAACCUCCACCACUCCCUCACUAGAUGGGCUCUGCACCACCAAAUCAAACCCGCCGCCGCCUUCUCCUCCGACUGUCUGGAUCCACUGUCAAAAUCUUACAGAGAUGACGUGGCACAGAGCUACAUCAAACCCUUGCUUACCUUCUUGGAAGGAGUCAAGUCUCCUUAUGUUGUGCACCCUCCACAACCAGCUCUGGAGAAAUCCCACUCCAACGCCAUGAAAAAUCUUGGGGUUUCUAUGAUUAUGAGCAAUGUAAGGAGACAGCUCACUCACAAGGUGAAGAAUCCGAAUCCAUUCCCACCGCGGCCGGCGCCUUCGAUCCCGACAUUCGCUCUGCCUCCGUUGGUGGGAACCAUCCCGCCGCAGCCGAACUACCACGUGCCGGCACCGUACAUUUCGCCGAUGGCGAGCCCUCCGUUGUACGGGCCGCAUUUGCCGCCGUGCGACCCGUCUCGCUCGGUGGGGGUGGCGCCGGCGCCGCUCCCACCGCACGCGCACCACGUCCACGGGACGUGGUGCGUGGCAAAGCCCAGUGUGCCGGCGGAGACGCUGCAGGAGGCGCUGGAUUACGCGUGCGGGGAAGGGGAUGUCGACUGCGAUGCAAUCAAGGAAGACGGGAACUGCUAUUACCCGGACACGGUGGUGGCUCACGCCUCGUAUGCCUUCAAUAGCUACUGGCAGAAGACGAAGGCCAAUGGUGGCACUUGUGGCUUCGGCGGCACGGCCAUGAUCAUCACCUCUGAUCCGAGUUAUGGUCACUGCAGAUUCGCCCUUUCCUAGUGAAGUGAAGAUAGAGCUGUGGGCUUCUUCUGUCUUGGAGCUGCAGACUUUUGGUGACAACUUUUGCGGUAUUUAGUUGAAUCAAUUAUCAGUAAUCAUAGAGCUUAGGAUUGCUUUGAUAUUCCGUGUGAUAUAUGUGUAAUCUUGUUCUGUACUUGGUUAGUACUGUUUCUUAUGUGCUUUAUUUUACCUUUGUUCA